UUUAUUUUCCUUUUGCAGAGAACUGAAGAUGGCCAGGGUAAAGCUGUUAAAUUCCUUGACAGACCCUUCAAAUGAUCCCAAAUCAAUCCAACAGGCCACUGAGCUUUAUUUGUCACUCCUUCAUGGUCUUGUGAAUGAUCCAGCCCAAGGAUCUGGUGACAGCAAGCUUCGUAAACUAGUCAUGUUCAAGUGGACAAACUCAAUUUGUGGAAACACUCCAACUUGUUCAGCUGACAGUGUGUUUGAGUUAACAUCUGUCUGCUUGAAUGUUGCCAUCUGGUAUACAAAGUAUGCAGCAAAACUGGCUGCCAAGGGAGAGGUAACCAUGGAUGAAGCAAAGGAAGUCCACACAUGCCUUAGAGCUGCAGGAGGAAUGUUUAAGUUUGUCAAGGAAAGUCUGAUGCCACGCCUUGGUGACCUAUCAGCUGAGAAAGGUGCUGAUACUGAUCAGCGAGUGUUGGAGGCUUAUCAGAUGCAGUGUGUCGCUGAAGCACAAGAAGUUACUGUGGCACGAGCAGUGGAGCUCAAACAUAAAGCUUCUCUCAUCUCUGCACUUACCAAUGAGACGUCAAAACUGUUUACAGCAGCAAGUGAUUCUCUGAAAUCAGUGGAGCCAACUAAAGCUGGUAAAUGGAAGAAAUACCUUGAUUUGAAAGCUGCAUUUUAUCAGUCCUAUGCUUACUGCUUUUGUGGGGAAACACUUCUUGCUGAAGAUCAGUGUGGAAAAGCCAUUCGAGCUCUACAAGAAAGUGAUAAAUUGUACAAGAAGGCUGAAGCAAUUUCCCACGAGUACUCCAGUACUAGAGGGCCCGGCACAACAGCUAGACCAUGGCAACAUCCAUUUUUCCUAAAACUUGGUCCCAUCAUACGAAAGAAGCUGGAGAAAGCCAACCAUGAGAAUGGAUUCAUUUAUUUCCACAAAGUCCCUCCCGAGCCACCCGAACUUGAACUGAAGGCAACUCAUGGCUUAGCAAGUCCUCAAGAGUUCACCCUGCCCGCUCCGCACGCCUUAUGGUCAGGGGAUACUUAUGCUGGAUUUGACGCGUCCAAAGCUCACCCUCCUCCGGCUUCCCAAGCUGCGUCAGGUGAUGUGAAACCAGUUCCAGAGCCCGAAGAUUCAAGUCCUGUAAAACCGGCUAACAAUUCGUCUGGAUGUGUAGUAUCUUAGUUAGAACGUCUCCGUAUAAUUUUUCAUGCCAGUUUUAACUUUUGUUUACUUUGGUGUAAAAAGUCACGAGACUCCUGAUUGAGUGGAUGGGGAA